UGAGCAGUGUACGAGCGACACUGUGGACUGCACUAAAGUGUGAAUAACUGCAAAUGGAUUCAAGGUGAAAAGUUUGAGCUGUGAGUUUCAUACACCGCGAGGGAGAAGAGCCAAAAGCAGGACUCCAAUGGAUGAGGGAGAAAAAGUGCACCUUGUCCCUCUUUAUGGACUGAGAGAGCACCAUGUUCAACUGCACUCCUGUUCUGAAGAUUCAGAGUUUUAUGUGGUUGUUCAAGGGUCUCGGCUCACUCAUGUGACAGCAGCAAAACUGGGAGACGAUGGUCACACAUUGAGCUUUGUGGUUCCAGGCCAUGAUCUUCCAGAAGGUGUGUUGGUUACACCCUACAGAUUAUCCGAGGACCAUGUUGAGCCUUGUGGAAUAGAAUUCUCGUUCCAGUAUAUUAAGGAUGUGGCUCAAGACAUUGCAGAAUACUUAAAAUCAAGCAGUAACCAGCUUGGACCCCACAGUUACCUUCACAUUCAGAAGAUCUUUUGCAAAUCGACCCAGAGAAAUGAAGAGUUUCCUGACAUUAAAGAAGAUCUGAGGUUGUUGGAUGAGAAAAUAACAUGUGCUAUGUCAAACCUUGUUUACCCUUUGGAGUGGACAAAUUCAGACUUUCAAACUAGGCAACAUAAUGAAACCGAUUCUGAUCCGCAGAACAGUAAACCCAUUCUGCACCUUGCUGUACACUUGGGUUUGGUUCAUCUUUCUCAUUUUCUUACUUAUCAACAUAAAAAUCAAAGGCCACUUAUUCUACCCAGUCAGGAUGUGGACACUCCUCCGAUUGUUCAGAAAGGAGAAGAGCACUCUGCAGACCCAGCUGCAGGUGUGUGGUGCCUGUGGUCUGACAGUUCAAGCAUGUUGAGGUUCUGUCUUGCAUUAAACUCUUUGUUUCUCACUGUGCAACACUCACUGGGCCAAAGCUCCCAUCAGACAAUCAUUCAGACACUCCGAGAACGCCUAAAGGAUCCUUCUACUUUCAAACUGGUCACUGCAUUUAAAUCCUACAGUGAGGUUCACCAAAAACAGUAUUUGAAUGACAAAGAUUUGAAAAAGAAGUUGUGCAUGGAAGAGACCCAGACAAACAAUGGUUUUGAAGAGCAUCUUGUUCUUUCUUUGGAUGAUGACAGCUGUGAAGUUUGCCCAUCCUCAUUAUCAGUAAAUACAUCUCUACGAUUUGAUGGAAAGUACAGUUUGAUGAACAUCCAAAAUGACCUAGAGGGCACAUCUGAGGGUGACACUGCUGUUCACAAAGUUCACAUUUCUGGAGUGACAAGUAACAGCACUAGAACAGACAGUCAGUUAUGGGACGUAGAGGACACAGCUCAAGCCCUGAUGAAUAUGGAUAAUAUGGAUCUAAGUCCCAGUCUAGUGGCUCUGGAGUUGAACAGUGAGGAUGACAGCACUGAUGCAAUGUCACUAUUGUCCCCAUUCCUACCUGACGUUGAAGAAAACGAUGUGAAAUUAAAAGAUUUUAGUCCGUUUUCUACAUUAAGUUGCACUCGCAGUCUAUCUGCCUCCUCAUGUGAACACACCUCAAAAGAACCAAAACAGGACGUCAGACUGCGCUCCUAUUCAUAUUCUUCCUCCAAAAUUGGUUUCUGUCAAGAUCAGUCCACCCGAGACAUCAGUCCUGAUCGCACGGACAGCGUCAGUUAUGGCCGAUCACUUCUUCAGGCCCUCUCUUUGUCUAAAUCUUUGUCUCUUCUACACCCUUAUAAGCAAAAAACCUCUAUAUCCGAACAGUCACAUGAGAAAAGGGAGGUUAGUUUCUGCAAACGUGCUCAGUCUGCUGAAGAUGAGUGCAGCCUUGAGCUGGUUCAGUCCCUCCAACAUCUCACCCUGUCCGAGUUCCUCAAAGAAAUUGAAGAGGAGGAGCAGGACAAGUAUAACGCCCCAGUGAAGGUGGAGUCAGAGAAACAUAAAGUGAUUCGUACUUUCAGUUUUCUUAAGAACAGGAUGUCUACCACACGCAUUAAAUCCAAGGGAAAGAAAGACAGAGAGGCUAAAGACAGACAAUUGAAUGGACAUCAGUUUUCCUCUGGCCCGUGUUUGGGCCCUACCAUGUGUAUGGUUUGUGACAAACCAGCCACUGGAAAGGCUAUUUUGCAUUGCUCUGUUUGCACUACCAUUGUUCAUAAAAACUGUAAAGACUCUAUCCCCCCAUGUUUAAAGAAUAAGUAUGCUGUUCCCAUGGUAAAGAAUAAGACAGCAUCUCUCCCACAGAAUUUUAUAAUCCGGGAGAGUCCACCUCAGUUUAUCCCUGUUCCAACAUGUAUACCCCCUGACGAAAAAAAAGACAUUGGAACACUGCCAUGCCCUCUUUUCAAAAGUGCUGAAAGACUUGAGAGUGAAAAUUCAGAAUCAGAAUCUGAUCAUUCUAAAGUGACCAGCUCAACAGAAGACCCCAUAAUAACUCCAGUGUCAACCACUGACUUCUCAUCAGGAGAAGAUUGUGUAGAUGCAUAUAUUUUCAAAGACAUCUUGGUGGAUGCGGCACAUUAUGAGGCUGAGUCAUGGAGUUCUUCUGUAGACCACAGAUUUUGUAGAAAACAGGACAAAAAAUGUGUCAAAAGACAGGACAUUAUUUAUGAGCUGAUGCAGACGGAGAUCCACCACCUCCAGACCCUGCAUGUGAUGGCCGAGGUGUUCAGGAGAGGUGUGAAAGAGGAGGUCCAGCUGGAUGCAGAGGCAGUGGAGCGCCUCUUCCCCUGUCUGGACCAGCUGCUGCUUUUCCACCAUGGCUUCUUCUCAGCUUUGAAGGAACGACGCCAGAACUCACAGUCUCAGGGACAGAACAACUACCUUAUUCAGCGGAUUGGAGAUGUGUUACUUCAACAGUUUUCAGAUGAAAAUGGAAAGAAAAUGACUCAUUUAUAUGGGGAGUUUUGCAGUCAUCAUAUGGAAGCAGUCAGCUUCUUCAAAGAACUGCAGUUAAAUAACAAGAAAUUUCUAAAUUUUAUCAAGCAACAAGGAAAUAAUUACUUGGCACGAAGAAGGGAAAUUCCAGAGUGCAUCUUGCUAGUAACCCAAAGGAUUACUAAGUACCCAGUUCUGCUGGAGAGGAUUUUGCAAUACACUCAAGCUGGCACAGAGGAGCAUAGGGAUCUUACAAAAGCACUUGCUCUGAUUCGAGAUGUGAUAAUAGCAGUAGAUCAAAGAGUUUGUAAAUAUGAACGGCAGCGAAAGUUACAGGAGGUGUGGACACGGAUGGAGAAUCGUAGUUCUGCUAAACUGAAGAAUGGACAUACUUUCCGCAAGCAGGACAUGAUGAGGCCAGGACAAACACUCUUACAUGAGGGGGUGCUCCUCUGGAAGUCUGCCACAGGACGACUUAAAGAUGUUUUGGCCCUUCUUCUUACGGACACAUUAAUCUUCUUACAAGAAAAAGAUCAGAAGUUUGUCUUUGCUGCCGUGGACCAGAAACCCCCAGUCAUUGCACUCCAGAAACUAAUAGUGCGAGAAGUGGCCAAUGAGGAGAGAGGGAUGUUUUUGAUCAGUGCUUCCAUAGCAGGGCCAGAGAUGUAUGAGGUCCACACAAGCUCUAAAGAUGAACGAAACAUCUGGAUGAGACUGAUCCGAGAGGCAGUGGAGAGCUGUCCAGAAGAAGAGCAAGAUUACACAAGUGAAUCGGAGGAGGAGAGACGAGCGGCUGAUGCUCGUUUGCAAAAAAUCCAUAGAUUACAAGAAAGUCUUAUGAGCCAUGAUCAGCAGAUUUGCACAAGUUUAGAGGAAAAGCUGCAGAUCUAUGCUGAGCUUUCUGCUGUCACUGGAAAGAGCGACAGCUCUAUUGCUGAGCCAAGAUUGUUGGUUCGAAAACAGCAGGAAGAUGUGCCACAUGCAGCUUUACUGUUGAGUGCCGCUCUACAGGAAGCUGAGACGUUGAAAACCAUUCUCUCAGCAAAGACAUCUUCACGGUUGCCAGGGGGCAACCUUGAGUACGAUGUUGAUUCCAUGUUUUCUGUCAGUCCCUCUUCACAUUUGGAGUCUUACUCAUCUGUGACUUACCCUGAGGAAAAUGAGGAGGGCUGGUCCAAAGAAGAUUCUGAUUUUCAUUCUAUGAUGGAAAUGCAGAAAAAAGACAUAUAUUUAAAGGUUUCUCAAAGUGUUCUAAGUCUAACACAGUUACUCUACAGUCUCAAGAUUCAGAAAAAAGUUAUUGAUGUUAAAGACUUGUUGAGAUGCUGUAUUUGCUUGUCAUCGCUGUACCAGGCUGCAGUGACCCUUCAGGACAGCUGGUACGAAGUUCAGAAGCUAUUAGCAUCAGAAAUUGAGCGCCCAUCACCUCGCCCACAGUCCCGCCCUCACUUCACAAGUCUCCGGGGAAACACACUGCAAGAACAGGAGAAACAGAGAAACUUGGAGAAACGAAAAGAAGAAGUGGCCACUGCUCAAAGACUUCAGGAUCAUCUACGGCAGGAAAAAGAGCGUUGGGAACGAGAAUGCCAAACAAGAGAGAACCAGCAGGAGGAGCUAGAGAGGCGGCUACAAGAAAGAGAGAAACAAUGCCACCUAGAGGCAGAAAGACUGAAGCGUGAGAGAGAAGAGUUGGAUACACAAUUGGAGGAGUACCAGCAGAGCUUAGAGAGGCUCAGAGAAGGCCAAAAGAGUGUGGAGAAGGAACGUGAACGUCUGGAGGCCCAGAACAAGAGGGUCCAUGUCUGGAGACACAGCCAGCAGAGAAAUACUGGGAUACAACACAUGGUCAUACCAUUAGACACACAUCAGACCCCUGCAAUGACUCAGUCUGCAGAUCCUAACGAUAAUGGCUCUGUAUUUGUGAAUGAGGCCAAUACCAGCAUCAACAACCGUCAUGUCCACCACAGAGAAAAUGACCCCUCUACACAUAACUGCCUGAAUGCCCUGCUGGCUCGGUCCAACAGCAGACGGUCCUCCAGUGGUCUGAGUACAACCAGCCCAGAGUCAGACAGCGCAGCCUGGGUAAUGGGCCCUGGAUACUUCUAUUCCCCUACGGGAAGCCAAGGAAAUGGGCACACACCCACUGAUCACAGAGAAGGCUCCAUCCGAGAGGCUUGGUCGUCCACAGCCGACUCUUGCUUCAUGCUUCCACAUCACAGUGACCCUCUGGACCUGUUUUCUGCUGAUGCAGACAGCAGUGGGGAGGAGCCCAAGGAGGAGACUAUUGUGUAUCUCUAAAGAAGGACAAACAUCUAAGCACUUAGAGAUUCAAGGUUAGCUUUGUGUAAAUUUUGUCUUUCAUUUGUACAUUUGUGUAUAUUAGAAAAAUCACAAGAUCAUUUUCAAUGAAACACUUGGUUGCUUUAAAUAAUAUUGUUGUAUAUAUUCAAACAACUUUCAUUUCUUUUAGUUUCUCCAUUGUGUAUUUAACAUUCUCCAUAGUUGCUGUUGUUGUAAAUGUACAGUUUCUGGCACUAUAUUUAUUAAAUAUACUAAAUGUUACAUUAAAAUA